AUGAGGGGUCAGGAGAUGAGGGGUCAGGAGAUGAGGGGUCAGGAGAUAAGGGGUCAGGAGAUAAGGGGUCAGGAGAUGAGGGGUCAGGAGUUGAGGGGUCAGGAGAUGAGGGGUCAGGAGAUGAGGGGUCAGGAGAUGAGGGGUCAGGAGAUGAGGGGUCAGGAGAGGAGUGGUCAGGAGAGGAGUGGUCAGGAGAUGAGGGGUCAGGAGAUGAGGGGUCAGGAGAUGAGAGGUCAGGAGAUGAGGGGUCAGGAGAUGAGGGGUCAGGAGAUGAGGGGUCAGGAGAUGAGUGGUCAGGAGAUGAGGGGACAGGAGAUGAGGGGUCAGGAGAUGAGGGGACAGGAGAUGAGGGGUCAGGAGAGGAGUGGUCAGGAGAGGAGUGGUCAGGAGAUGAGGGGUCAGGAGAUGAGGGGUCAGGAGAUGAGGGGUCAGGAGAGGAGUGGUCAGGAGAUGAGGGGUCAGGAGAUGAGGGGUCAGGAGAUAAGGGGUCAGGAGAUGAGGGGUCAGGAGAUGAGGGGACAGGAGAUGAGGGGUCAGGAGAUGAGGGGACAGGAGAUGAGGGGUCAGGAGAUGAGGGGUCAGGAGAUGAGGGGACAGGAGAUGAGGGGUCAGGAGAUGAGGGGACAGGAGAUGAGGGGUCAGGAGAUGAGGGGUCAGGAGAUGAGGGGACAGGAGAUGAGGGGUCAGGAGAUGAGGGGUCAGGAGAUGAGGGGACAGGAGAUGAGGGGUCAGGAGAUGAGGGGACAGGAGAUGAGGGGUCAGGAGAUGAGGGGUCAGGAGAUGAGGGGUCAGGAGAUGAGGGGUCAGGAGAUGAGGGGACAGGAGAUAAGGGGUCAGGAGAUGAGGGGUCAGGAGAUGAGGGGUCAGGAGAUGAGGGGACAGGAGAUGAGGGGUCAGGAGAUGAGGGGUCAGGAGAUGAGGGGACAGGAGAUGAGGGGUCAGGAGAUGAGGGGACAGGAGAUGAGGGGUCAGGAGAUGAGGGGUCAGGAGAUGAGGGGUCAGGAGAUGAGGGGUCAGGAGAUGAGGGGUCAGGAGAUGAGGGGUCAGGAGAUGAGGGGUCAGGAGAUGAGGGGUCAGGAGAUGAGGGGACAGGAGAUGAGGGUCGUGACAGCAGGGCAGAUCUUUGCAUCACUCACUGACGAGCAGUAUUGGGACAAACACGUUAUUUAG